GGUGUUUUGGGGAGGUGUCUGUGUGUGUAUCUAUUGUGUCUGUAGCUCUGAUUGUGUGUGUGUGGGGGAGGGGUGCCCCCAACCCCAUCCCCACUCGCCACGGGGCCCAUGGCGGCCUCCCAGCUGGACUGCCUGGAGGACGCCCCCGCGGGGACCCCAGUGACUGAAUCCAGCCCCGAAUUCUUCUACUCGGAGGGGCAGCGGCUGGCUGUGGAGGCGCUGCUGGCCGGAGGGCAGUCGGCCUACGUGCAGCGCCUGGCGCAGGACAGGCUGCGCCCCUUCCUGUCCGACGACGAGCUCCGGCACCUGGCCGAGGCAGCCCGGGACGUCCCAGAGCCAGCGGGGGAGUGCGACGGGGACGCCGACGAGCUCAGCCUCAGCUACUGGCCCGGGUGCUCGGAUGAGCCCAUCCCCGAGCUGGAGCUGGGCUGGCCCCUGGACGGGAACUGGAAGGGCAUCACCCGGGCGGAGGUCUACACGCACCCGCCGGGGGACGGGGCCCCCAAGGUCAAGGAGCUGGUGCGCAGGAAAAUUCAGGAGGCUGCCAAGGUGGUUGCCAUCGUGAUGGACGUCUUCACGGACCCCGACAUCCUGCUGGACCUGCACGAGGCCGGCAUGCAGCGCGGGGUCCCCGUCUACCUGAUCCUGGGGGAGCAGCACCUGGCCGCCUUCCUCAGCAUGGCAGAGGGCGCCUGCCUCAACGUGCGCUACAUGGAGAACCUGCGGGUCCGGGUCAUUGCGGGCUGCACCUUCUGGAGCCGACAGCGCAAACAGGUCACUGGGACCCUGAAGGAGAAAUUCCUGCUGAUCGACGGGGACACGGUGAUAACGGGGAGCUACAGCUUCACGUGGAGCGACGCCCGCCUGAGCCGCCAGCUGGUGACGCUGCUGACGGGCGAUCGCCGGGCCUUCGACCGCGAACCCCCGGCCCGCGACGGCCGCCCCAACGGCCAGCCCACCCUACCGCAGCGAGCUGGCCGGGCUGCAGCUGUCCAAGGGCGCCCACGGGUGGCCGAGCGCCGCUUCGUGGCCCCAGCCCGUGGCCAAGAGCCGGGCCGGGAGUGGGAGCUGGUGCGGGUCGUGCGGGCCACGGGCAAGCACAAGUGGGGCCUGCAGGACACGCCAGCCCGGGCGCUGAUGAGACGGAGGGGCGCGCCCCCGGCCAGCGAGGAGCCCCGCCAGCCCCCCAUCUUCCUGUCGCCCGCCUACAUGCCCCCGCCGCAGGGCUACCGGGCCUUGGGCCGGCUGCAGGGGCAGCUCUACCACAGGCCCACGGCCCUGCCCCGUGUCUGGGGGGCCCCCCAUGGCUACAGCAGGGACCGUCGCUAUUGA